AUGAAUGUGCCCGUGAAGGAGCAUCUUGCUGAAGUUCGUCGCCUUAUCGAGGCCGACAAUUCCGGGUCAGCAGAAGCCACGGAACGCUGGAAGGAGCUAGGAAUCUUUUUCGAGAACCUGGCAUGGUAUGGCGUCAAUCCGGAGGACCCCGGGCUUCUCAAAGAAGCCGAAGCUUUGGCUUCCGCCAGCGCCGCCGCACGGCGGGCUCUGGGCAUGUGGGCGAAGGAUGUCCCGGACACCGAGCCUGCGGCUGUCAGCAAAAGCUCACACACUAAAGGAGCAGUCCUAGUGGACAGCGAUGAGGAGACCGGCAGAGCGAAGAAGCAGCGGACCGCUUAA